GUACAUGGUAGUAAAAGGUCUAAAUAGGUAAAUAGUAUAAGGUCUAUGGUGGUCCCAUCCCAUAGAGAUAACACGUAAACAUUAUCAGAUUGUUAUAUAUUGUGGCAUAUCCUAACGUGUAUCGAGUAUUGUAUUCGACAUUCGUGUAUGGAUUUCAUUUGUGGCGUUGCGAGCGUUUAAUAUUUUUUUUUUCGCUUAAUAAAUACUGAAUAAUAAUUAACUCCACUCUCUGAAUAUAGAAUGCUAACAUAUGUUCAAAAUGCUCACGAUAAAAAACGCGAUCGAUUUAGAGUUGUGCGCCGACAAACCGUUCAUUAAUCUUUUAGUUGUUAUGCCGUAGUGACGAAAAUGAUUUUAAUACGAAAAGCGGUCUUUAUUGUAAACACUUUUUUGUUGUGCGUUUUGUCAAUUUUCAACAUUUAUUUCACAAAUGGAGACAUGACUAUUGUCGAUGUCAAAGAAUUUGAAUAUGGAGGUGACAUAUUUUUUGAGAUUACACAUCCACCAGAACUACAGUACACAUAUCGAAUAAGACCAGCCAAAAGUUUUGGCAUCCCUUUUGACAAAGAAAAGUUUCCAGCUAAAAAAACAAAAUUGGUACUUGUCGACCCUCAACAUGGAUGUGAAAUGCCUAAAAAUGCAAAGCAACUUCAAGGAAAUGUUGCAUUUGUGAAAAGAGGUGUUUGUAGCUUCUUAAAGAAAACUGUGAUAUCAGAAUUAUCUGGAGCAAAAGCUAUUGUUAUCACAGACAACAACAUUUACGAUGAUACAGCUUAUAUACACAUGAUUGAUGACGAAAGUGAUAUGUCUGCCAAUAUUCCAGCUGGUUUUCUUGUUGGAAAGUCUGGGCAUUUAAUACACACCAAAAUGUCAGAACUCAUGAUGACCGAACUGCCUAUCGUGUUUCCAUUAAACAUGACCUAUGUACCAUUACAUGAAAUCAAGCAACCACCAUGGAUAACAAUUUGAAUCUUAUAAAUUCAAUUCAAAUAUAGACUGAAAAUCCCUCCAUGUUAUUAUAUAAUAAUAAUGUUUAAUUAACUGAACAGAAAUGUCAUGUGUUAAAAAUAUUAUUGCAGAAAACUGUAGACCUAAUUUUUAAAUAGUUUUAACCAUCAUUAACUAUAA